AUGGGCCAAGAACACUCGCCGUUGCUUAAACCUGAUAGCAAGGCUUUAGAUGAUCCAACGUUAGCUUCGCCAGGUCUUGUUGCUAGAGAUUUAGCACAUCUUGAUGAACAAAUUGACCCACUCUCGACCACAUCAACGCCGAAUUAUGGCUCAUCAUCUCAAGACAUUGAAAGCCAAACACAAUCAGGCUCACCAGAAGAUACAGAUGCUACUACCGAAUUCACAUCUGCGCAGUUAAGGGUUAUCAUUGGCUCACUUUAUGUGGGUAGUUUUUUAGCUGCUUUAGAUACUACUAUUGUUACAACUCUAUUAUCAACAAUUGCAUCGAGUAUAAACUCAGUUUCAAAAAUGUCAUGGAUUGCUGCCUCUUAUCUUUUAACAUGCUCUGCUUUUCAACCAUUAUAUGGUAAACUAUCUGAUAUUUAUGGUAGAAAACCAUUAUUGAUUUUCUCAAAUGUUACAUUUGCCCUUGGUUGUUUAAUUUCAGGGUUUUCACAUGAUUUGAUUGGUUUGUCAGUUGGUAGAGCCAUUACAGGUAUCGGAGGUGGUGGACUAACGUCCCUUGGUACCAUUGCAACGAGUGAUUUGGUCCCAUUGAAAUCAAGAGGUGUAUAUCAAGGUCUUGGUAAUAUUGCUUUUGGUGUGGGUGCUGCGACCGGUGGUAUUUAUGGUGCCCUUUUUGAGAAAUAUUUGGGUUGGGAAUAUGCAUUUUUUAGUCAAGUACCAAUUGCUCUAUUGAGUGGGUUUUUAAUUUGGAAGUAUUUGCAAUUACCAAAAGGAUCACUUGGGUUAGGUUUACCUGGAUCAAGAUUAGCCAAAUUGAAACAAGUUGAUUUUAUUGGGGCAACAUUCUUAGUUUCCUCGUUACUAAGUUUUAUGGUUCUUGUGUCAUUUUCAGGUAAUGAAAUUAAAGUUAAUGGAUCAGGUUUCUGGGGAUUGAUAAUUUUCAGUUUAGGUACCUUAUUAGCUUUCAUUUAUGUUGAAUUAUAUGUUGCAACACAACCAAUCAUUCCGGUCCAAUUAUUCGCAUAUAUAACCGUCUUGUCAUCUGGAUUGACAAAUUGGUUCAUGACAAUGUCUGUCUUCACUUAUUUGUUUUAUAUGCCUGUCUUCUGGUCUUCUGUCUUGGGUUUAACCCCAACAGAAAUUGGGUUAAGAACAAUUGCAAAUUUUGUUGGUGUUUCAUCAGGUUCUUUCCUUUCAGGUAUUUAUAUGAAACGUACAGGUAGAUAUUACAAACUUGCAGUUAUCACAGGCCUUUUCACCAUCCUUGGUGUAUAUCAACUUUAUAAGACCACCAAGACUACAUCAUUGUUUUUCCAAUAUAUUGAGUUAUUAAUCCCAGGUGCUGGCUAUGCAGCAAGUUUGACAGUCACAUUAAUCGCUUUAAUUGCUGCGGUUCCACAUGACCAACAAGCUUCAACAACUUCAAUUCAAUAUGCAUUCAGAGCAACAGGCUCUACUAUUGGUGUUUCAGUUUCAAGUUUUAUAUUUCAAAAAUAUUUAUUGAGCUCUUUGAAUAAGAAUCUAUUAGCUAAUAUACCAGAAGGGUUUACUAAAGCUGAUGUGUUAAAAAUCAUUGAAAAGUCAUUCAACAGUUCAGAAUAUACUUGGAAGGCACCUGAAGUUUUUAGAAAUGCUAUUAUCGAUAGUUACGAUUUAAGUACCCAUAAAGCCUUACUAUUCAGUGUUGUCACUUGUAUUAUUGCUGUCAUUGUCAGUCUUUUCAUGAAGGAACACCAUUUACAUAGUAGUAUUCAAAGAAAAUAA